GGCCCGGCAGGGAUGAGACUGCCAGGGAGAUAACAGAACAAGACGCCGGCGUACCGUACCCUACCCAGACUGGCCAGACCCAUACGUAGUCAAGGUAGUCCACAAGCCCAUCCCCAUCCCCAUGCCCCAUCAGACCCAGGCCAACAAGGCCCAGACUGGGCCCAGAUGGAGAAGGCGAGAGACCGGAACUGUCCAUCGUCCAUCGUCCAUCCUGCCGCAUGCACGUGGGAAUAGCUUGUCCCCCUCUGCCCUCACUCCGCCCAUCACUCCGACCCUACGCUCUACCUAAAUUCCCAUUCUCAUACUAGUAUUGUAUCCGAGCCCCUCAUUCACGAGCCGCGCGCGCAGUCUCUCCUACACUGCUCCGACUAUUACCACCCACACGGAGAGCUCUUCUCCUGGGCCUGCACUGCCCAGCUGCCCGCUACUCCGUAGUGCCACCGCACGCACAGUCUCAGGUCGAUACCAGUACAACAUUGGCAUGGCCCGAGGGGGGGACACUCAGACUCAGACUCAGACUCACAAUCACAAUCACAAUCUCACUCCCGCUCUCACUACUCAUAUCCGAGUGCUCGCUCCCGCCAGAAUCGAGCCCCCUUGCGCUUCAUAUGUCAGCGACCGUGGAGCCGGGCAAUCUGCAGAGCGAAAUUACGGUUCACGUUGCAGCGCAUCUGACUUCCUUGCUCGAACAAGCGGACAACGUCGGCACGCCGUGAAGUGGGCGCGAAGAAACCCGCCAGCCAGCCAGCCAGCACACGCAAACGCACACUGAACCCACCCCUCCCCUCCCCUCUUCCCCCCCACACGGACCGAAACGCAGCUGCAGCCGCAGCAAGGCAUUUACCUACUCUGCCCUGCCUGUCCUGCACCGCCUUCCGCCUUGCACUGGGCCAAACUCUCUCUCAUUGUUUGUCACGGUUUGCAUGUGCAUGACUGUGCCUUGUCCUUUUUGGCCGCGCAGUCGCCGACCAUUGGAUCGUGCUCGCUUCAACGGUCAGAUCUGAUCCGCCGCGGCCAGGCCCUUGAAUCAGGGAGUUUGCCAGGCCUGGAAGUUUACAUUUGGCUUCCCCGGUUUUACCCAGCAACCGAGCGAGACCUUUGGGGUGACAUCAUCUUCUCCCACCGUUGUCCGGGCGUCUCCUGAAGCGAAGUACAUUGCCUACAUUGCCUGAUCCUCCCAGGGGCCCACGGACAAGAGGACCAGACGACAGAAGAAAGACAGGGACAGAGCAGAACAGAGACGAAAGCCAGAGGCGGGCGGACCGCCAGCCAACCAGCCACACCCGGGGCACAGACAUACAGCACACAUAGAGAGAGAGAGAGAGAGAGAGAGAGAGAUACACAUACUCGCCCUCUGUCAUUCUCUGUGUCGUCUCCAGCCACCUGCCGCAUCCAUCUAUUUACUCCGUACAUACACAUCUAUCCCGUACUUGGUACACACGUGCUGUGCUGUACACACACCUGCAGAUCCCGCCCCCUUUCGCGCCCUCAAAGCAACACCAGACAGCUAGCAUUACAUCCGCGACGGAGCCCAGCGCCCGCCCAGAGACGAGCCGAGUCGAGUCAAGCCGUCCACUGACCCCAUACUCCGUACUCCUCUCACUGUCUGGACCACGAGGGGUUACUGCCGCCCGGCAAACCGCGCGGGAACCGCUCGAGAUCCACACGCCGCCCGCGUGGAACGGGCUGGCCCGCCCUCAAUCCGCCAAGCAGUUCCCAGACACUGACUGAGUCGGCGACUACUGACGACAGCGGCCACCUCACGACGACAUAUUCGCGCCCACACACACGCGCCUACUGCGCACCACUCACCAUCCACGUUGGUUGCGGCGCCAAGAAAAGGCCGGAAAGCCAUUGAGACUUCUUUUUUCCCCUUUCUGAGUUACCCUGUUCGGGCCUCCUCACAAUGGUCAACACAGGGAAGCCUUCGCCGGGCUGUUUUGCCUGCAGGUCAAGGCGGAUCAAGUGUGACACCACACGGCCCGAGUGCAGGAAAUGCCGAAAGAGGGGCUGGAAAUGCCCGGGCUACCGGGACCUCAACGCCCUCAGGAUCGUGGACGAGACCCAGAAGCAGUUCACCCGCUUCUCGGGCGACAAGGACGGGGCCGACGACGGGCCGGGCAUGUCGCCCAACAAGGACAUCAUCAUCCGGCAGUACGUACCGCCGGGCGAGCGGUCGUCGCCGUCGAGCGCCACCACCACCACCAGCUUCAGCAACUUCACCCACAGCAGCCCCGGCAGCAGCAGCAGCAGCAGCAGCGUCGACCACUCGUACCCCUCGCCCGUGUCGCAGGCGGCCGACACGCCGCCGCAGCCGGGGAGCCCUGCGGCGGCGGCGCCGCUCAGCUACGCGUCGCAGUGGUCGAUGGAGAUCCCGCGGUGCAUCGGGACGCCCGUCGGCGAGCAGGUCUACAGCUACUUCCUGUCCAACUUCGUGCAGGGCACGUCGCUGCGCAACCACGGCUACCUCGACUUCCUGUUCCCGCUGCUGGCCAACGAGCCCCCCGGCAGGGACCACCCCCUGCCCCUCGCCUUCUCCGCCACCGCCAUGAUCGCCUUUGCCGCCCGCCAGAAGGUCCCGGACUUACUGCCGCGGGCGGAGGCGACGUACCUGCGCGCCCUCGAGGCCACGUUCCAGGCUAUCGGGGACCCCAAGAAGGCGCGGGACAACUCGACUCUUGCCUGCGUGACGCUGUUGACUACUUUUGAGCAAUUGAGGCCUUCCCGGCCGUCAUAUCAGAAAGCAGAGGCGUUCGGCUCUCAUCUCGACGGCGCAGUGGCCCUGCUGAAGAUGCGAGGCAAAGAUGUCUUCCAGACCGUCGUCGGCCGCAAAAUCUUCCUCAUCCUGAGGUCGUUACUCGUCUCAAGAAGCAUAUGCUACGCCACCCCCCUCGAGCCCGAACUCUACAACCUAACCGACUCGUUCGAGCAAGACCCCGCCCAGCACCGCUUCGCCGAGCUCUCCCUGCGCGCGGCCGACCUGCGCGUCAGCGUGGAGCGGCUCCUGGGCGGCUGGGGCCUGGGCCACGCGCCCCUGGCGCACCCUCCGCCGCGCGAGACGGUCGAGGCCCUGCUGGCCGACGCCGACGCCCUCGAGGCCGACUACGCGGCGCACAUCGCGAGCCUGCCGAUCGCGUGGAAGGGCAUGACGGUGCGCCUGAUGACGCCCGAGGACCCGGCCAUCAUGGGCGGGAUCGCCUACGUGGGGCGUGUCGACGCCUACAUCGACAUGUUCAUCUGCUACAUCCUCAACUGGGCGCGCGCCGCGCGGCUGUACGUGCGCAACACGGCCAUGCGGUGCCGCGCGUGGCUGCUCGGGCCCGAGGGCGACUACCGCGAGGGCGGCGAGUACGCGGCCUCGCGGGCGCUGUGCGAGGCGCUCAUCGCCGACAUCGCCGCGUCGGUGCCGUAUGUCUUUGGCGCCGGCAGGGCCGCGUCCGCGGCGGGCUAUGCUGCGGACGCCGGGCAGAGGUAUCAGCCGCCCAGCCUGGCGGGCGUGUUCUGCAUGUGGCCCGUGUUCGCGGCGUCGAGCUCCGACUUUGCCACCGAGACGCAGAGGACGUUCAUGAAGAGGACGCUGAGGUACAUCUCGGAGGAGAUGGGCAUCGGGCAGGCUGCCAUCCUCGCGACGUAUAACCUCCGCUCGCCGUCCAUGCCCAUCGCCUUCACGCGCAUGAAGCAGUUCGAGCAGCUGGGCAAGCCCCUCCACGGCGUCGCGUCGGGCGCGGCGGCCGGGUCGACGAUGGCCUCGGGCCUCAGGGACAUCUUCAAGGCGACGGGCAGCAUUAUCUACUCGCCGCCGCAGUCGCACUGCCGCCCACGGGUGGUGCCCUUACACAUACACGAGCAGCCCGAUCUGGACUGAGAAGAGGAGCUGGGUUGGGGCUUGGGGGUUGGGGGAUACAUACAUGCCAUGUCCUCUCAUGUCCCCGGCGAGGAGGAAGGGAGGACCCGCUCCAUCGCUUGGACCUCGCGUGGGAGGGAGGGCGGCUGGCAGCGUGGGAGAGGGGCUGGCAGAUCGUUGUCAGUCUACUCAUGUCGAGCGAGCAGAACCCGAGCACCCCCGCCUAGUACCAGCGCCCCAUUCUGGGUUGGUCCAGCGAGGUCGGGAUUUGAAAUUUCCAUCUAGCGAGCAAAAAGGGCGUCCGUGGGUGGCGGGCUUUGGAUUGAUUCCGAGCAUAGCCCGGGCGUGUUACGCACACCAGAUGUGUAGGGAGGUUUGCAUCCAAAAAGCCUUCGAGUUCUUGUGUGUUUUCCCAACCACGGCAGACAGUACUACACACAAUCACACAAUCACACAGGCACACAGGCACACAGGCACACAGCCGUGGACAGAUACGUCCACGUGCGUGAAUAACUUCAAGGUACGCGGCUAUGAGUAGUCAGAAUCAUCCUACUUGCAUCACAUGCCAACCACUGUGCUCAAUGCCGAUCGGACACUUCUCUCCCCUUUCCCCUCAUCAGCCAGCCGCCGCUCCCAAACUGGCCCAUGGGCGGGGAAUCAGGGCAGGAUUGUCACCCACCGGGUAAGCUCACGGCGCCGGCUGGCCGGUUCAUGUCAAAAUCGCUAGCGCUCAAGCUACUUGUCUUCACCACCGGCUUGCCUAUUUGGACCGUUUGAGCAGGUGUGGCCGCCCGGCGCAGAGGCCAGCAUGUGCAAGUGCCGAGUCGGAUCACUUCCGGGUUUAUUACGCACGACUCUAAAGCCGUCUAGUCUGUUGUGGGGUUGCGAAUUAGUUGGGGGUUCUGAGGGUGUCGCCCCAACCAAGUCAAGUCGUAGUCAUGGA